CCGAUAUUCCAGUCUCCCCACCAGCCCCCUCCUCCUCUUACAUAUUGCUCAGCCAGUAACGCUCGAGCAACGCAUUCGUUCCGUUCCAAAAGUCUUUGGAGAUACUCCAAGACUCCAGCAAUCUCGGCUAAGGCAUCCGAGCGGGUACCUCACAGCAGGCAGCCGAUCGGACAGUCCUGGCACUCAGAGCUCUAUAAGAGACCAUGACACUACCAUUCGUUGAGGUGUCACAUUUGGCACAGUCUUCAUCUUUCUACUCGGCAACUCUUCAGCUCAUCGGCCUGCGCUUCUUGAACGAAUCACGCGAACAGAACUCGUCCAUUGGGACUAUUACUUACGGAAUUCCAGCUGGAGCCGGCAAGUCUGGAGGCAAACGUGGUGACGACCAAAAAGGUGGCACGCCAGUUCUGCAGAUCCGCGAGGUUUCUCGACCGUUCGAACCUGUCAAGCUCUCGACUCUGGUCUUUGCGGUACCGUCCACUGAUGCAGUGAUCGGCUUCCACGACUGCGCCUUCACCGCGAAUCCGUGGCUGAGUAUUCAAACUGACGGUGACCCAAUCUAUCCUGGCGGCCCCAGCCCCAGACCUCGUUUAGGCUUUGAAGGCGGUCAAACCCCAAGAGGAGCAACAGUACGCGACCUUGACGGCAACACCAUUCGGGUUGUUUAUCAACAGCCUACUUGUCCUCGGGAUUAUUUUGGUCGAAUUAUCGAAUGGACUUAUGACGGUACCACCGCCCAGCCAAACAGGAAUCGAUCUCUUUCACAACCUCAGCUUCAGCCUAUUGCCUCCGCACGCUCGUCUUCUUCUUCCAUAAACGGACAGUCACCCUUUCAGCCCCGUCAGUCUCCUGCCAAACACGGCCCCAAUACCGUCACAGCCGCAGAGAUGACUCAGCGUGCUGCCUCUCGUGCCGAUGAGGACGAACCCGUGUCUGUUUCCCCUCGCCAAAGCUCCAACAACAACGGCCUAAGUACUACCACGGUCGUCGGUGCCAUCCUCGGAGUUGCUGCUGCUGGCGCUGCCCUCACGUAUGGCUUUGCAAGCCACAAUGCUAAGGAGCGAGAACGAAAACCAAGACAGGAGUAUGAGCCCCCGUCGCUCCCACGACGCUCAACCUUCCCCGAGAAGGCCCCCACGGUUCAUAAACUACACAAUGACGAGCGCCGCAUCACCUACGCAGACUAUCCGCCCACAGCGUCACAAUACCCGCCCAAGGCGCUCCCUUAUCGAGGACAUGGCGGCUUUGCCCCUCAGGAUAUGUAUCCGGAGGGAUAUCCUUUCCAGAAACACAUGCAGAAUGACUAUGCUCCCCGCAAGAUGCAUCACGAAUCGUAUCCGCCGAGGAAUCUCGGUUACGUAGAAGACGACAGCAGUGAGGAUUCGCCGAUAGAGGGGGUCCGCCCCAUUCAAUACCUGACGCAAGCCCCUUACAGAGUGGGGAAAAUCCAUGGUCAAACGAAUCCCAGGCCAGAAGUCGGAGCAGAACCCGGAGUGUAG